UACAACUCUAGAGAAUUAGAACUGCCAUCAAACACAAGAGAAGAAGAACCGAUGAUGACGUCGAUCCAGGGGCGCCAAAUCUGCUGCACGGUGCACACAGAAGUACUCGUCAGGUGAAGUUUGGGGUGUUUUCAUCAUCUGAGCAGCCAUCAGUCAUGGACCUCAGCCCCUUUGAAGAUGACAACUCCGUCAGCUGCCGGCUGGUUUCUGAGAUCCCUGAAGUCUGCAAAACGGAGGAUUGCUGUCUUGGCAUUGAUGAGGCUGGCAGGGGGCCUGUGCUGGGGCCGAUGGUGUAUGGGAUAUGUUUCUGUCCACUUUCCAGAAAGGAGGAGCUGAAGGACUUGAAAGUAGCAGAUUCAAAAACCCUGACAGAGGCAGAAAGAGAGAAUCUUUUUGAAAAACUGGAUGAAGCUAAGAGUUAUGUUGGGUGGGCUCUGCAGAUUCUGUCGCCAAACACCAUCUCUACCUGCAUGUUACGGAGGACAAAAUACAACCUCAACGCCCUUUCACACGAUACAGCAAUAGACCUUGUACAGUAUGCUUUGGACAGUGGAGUACAGCUUAAAGAGAUUUAUGUGGACACAGUUGGCCCAGCGGACAAGUAUGAGCAUAAACUCUCUCAGCGGUUUCCGGGUAUUCAAGUGACUGUGAGGCCAAAAGCUGACUCCCUGUUUCCAGUUGUGAGUGCAGCCAGUAUCUGUGCAAAGGUUAGUGAUCAGUCCUCAGCUGGAUUUAAGUCUUUUCUAUUUUUAAAUUCCUUGGCUAUUAGAGUUGUCCCACUCUUUUCUUUGUUUCCAGAUCCCAAGACGAAAGCGUGGCUGCUGAAGUACCUCGACCCAGUAUUUGGCUACCCUCAGUUUGUUCGAUUUAGCUGGAGCACUGCCCAAACCCUAAUGGACAGCAAAGCGGUUAAUGUGCAUUGGGACGAUGAUGAAGAGGAUGGCGAGAAGGCAGCGCAGAGGCAGAGCAACAAGUCAAUGUUGUCCUACUUCAGUGUAUCAGCUGGAGGUAACGACCAAAAUGCAACCCACCAGGCACACCGCUUCUUCACUGAGCGGAGGCUGAAGAGCCUCAACACACUCUAAAGACACGUUAGAGGGCCUUCACAUACAUCCUGGAAGCCAUAAAUGCAUUGUGGGACUUUUUUUGUAACACAGAUGCAAACUUCAGUCAUCUGUCUGUAUUUGUCUUGUUUGUAACUGUUUUUAUAUAUAAAGAUGUUGUUUAAAUAUG